GAGACCCUUGAGUUGACCUCAGGCCCUACCCAGUGGUUUAGACCAGGUGACACUGCUUUUAGUGAAGCUCCGUGGAUCCUUCUCCACGUUGAUGGACGACCCUCUCUGCGCUCCAGUUCCCUGUGUUUCCGUCACCGGAGGGCCUGGUGCCCAUAGAGCUUCCAUUCCUGAAGACAUCUUUUUCCUGCUUCUCCACACACCGGGUUCUACUGGAAGGGAAGAUGGCCUGUGUGUCUGGGGCUCAGUGACCAAGGGAGACCCGCAGGCAGCAGCAUGGAGACCCUCUUCCCCGCCCCGCUCUGGGAGGUUCUCUACAACAGCCACCUGCAGGACAACCUGUCCCUUGUGAGCCCCAACCACAGCCUGCCACCCCACCUGCCGCUCAAUGCCAGCCACAGUGCCUUCCUGCCCCUCGGGCUCAAGGUCACCAUCAUGGGGCUCUAUCUGGCUGUGUGCAUAGGGGGGCUCCUGGGCAACUGCCUCGUCAUGUACGUCAUCCUCAGACACACCAAGAUGAAGACAGCUACCAACAUUUACAUCUUUAACUUGGCCCUGGCAGACACCUUGGUGCUGCUGACACUACCCUUCCAGGCCACAGACGUCCUCCUGGGCUUCUGGCCAUUUGGGAAUGCCCUGUGCAAAACAGUCAUUGCCAUCGACUAUUACAACAUGUUCACCAGCACCUUCACGCUGACUGCCAUGAGCGUGGACCGCUAUGUAGCCAUUUGCCACCCCAUCCGCGCCCUCGAUGUCCGCACGUCCAGCAAGGCCCAGGCUGUCAAUGUGGCCAUCUGGGCCCUGGCCUCUGUCGUCGGCAUUCCUGUGGCCAUCAUGGGCUCGGCCCAGGUAGAGGAUGAAGAGAUCGAGUGUCUGGUGGAGGUCCCCGCCCCACAGGACUACUGGGGCCCCCUGUUUGCUGUCUGCAUCUUCCUCUUCUCCUUCAUCAUCCCUGUGUUCAUCAUUUCCGUCUGCUACAGCCUCAUGAUCCGGCGGCUGCGCGGCGUCCGCCUGCUUUCCGGCUCCCGCGAGAAGGACCGGAACCUGCGGCGCAUCACCCGGCUGGUGCUGGUUGUGGUGGCCGUGUUCGUGGGCUGCUGGACGCCUGUCCAGGUCUUUGUGCUGGUUCAAGGGCUGGGGGUCCAGCCGGGCAGUGAGACGGCGGUGGCUGUCCUGCGUUUCUGCACAGCCCUCGGCUACGUCAACAGCUGUCUCAACCCCAUCCUCUACGCCUUCCUGGACGAGAACUUCAAGGCCUGCUUCCGGAAGUUCUGCUGCGCGUCUGCCCUGCGCCGCGAGGUGCCAGUGUCGGACCGCGUGCGCAGCAUUGCCAAGGACGUGGCCCUGGCCUGUAAGACCUCUGAGACAGUACCGCGGCCGGCAUGACUAGGCGUGGACCUGCCCAUGGUGCCUGUCAGCCCGCAGAGCCCGUCCACACCCAACACGGAGCUCACCCAGGUCACUGCUCUCUAGGCUGAGGCACCUGAGCCCUGAGCCUCACCAGCCUUGGCCGCCUUGCCUGUGGCCCAGAGGGCUUGGUGACAUCACAGGACAGGUCAGAGCAUUAGGGCUUCCCUGUGGAUCCGCUCACACUAAACCUGCUCUCCGGGUGCAGGUGGGGCUCAAGGACUGACCAGUGAGUAUGCCUGGCCAGAGCUCACACCAACACACCCACGCUUCACGGGACUCUCCUGCCAUCUCCCCUGCUGCACCCUCGGGUGGGCACACACCUGGAGGUGUGCCCCUGUGCUGUGUGCUGUCGUGAUGGAAAUGGCAGUGUCUCCUCAGGCAGCUGGACGUGCCUGACACUGCCUGGGGAGUCUAGCAGGCAUCUGUGGGCAGUGGGACUAGCCCCGAGCUUGGAUCUGCUGAUGUGGACUUGCCUGAGCUGAGUACUGGAGCAGCUUAAUCACCCCGACUCCCGUGUCCUUUCAGACGCUGCUCAGCGAGCUUUUCCCUCCAGAAGCGCAAUGAACCAUUGUGCUGUACAAGUGUGCGGAGGUGGCUGGGGGCAUCACGUCAUCACCGCAGGCUGCUCCAUCACUCUUAAAGUGGCCCUGUUCCUUAUCUUGGUUGCUUGGCAGGACCCUGCACUCUAUCUGGGUCUUGGUGGCCUUGGAAGAGUGGCAGCCACGAUGGAUGGGUUUUGCUCUGCAUCCCCACUGCUUCAUUUAAGGUGUCUGUGGGGGCAGCCCAAGAGUUCUGCUGCCAGGACUCAUCUUAAACUGUGCCAAAUCAGAGGAUGGUUUCACCUGCAGAGCUGGGUUAAGGGUGGAGCCAAGCUGUGAGGACUGUCUGGGCUGUGGGGACACUAGUGUGUGUGUGGGGUGUCUCCCUGCUGUGGUCACUGGAGAAGCACCAUCCCCAGGCUACAGAUGGAAGCUACGGGUUCCUGCAAUGUUGAGGAGACUCCAUCCCGCCUCCACCCGUGAGCUGAGCACAGCCCUGGCCAAGUGGCCUUAGGCUCUCAUAGAGGACAGGAAGUCCUGACCCUGGGCUGGCUUCUGCUUGGGGAGCCCUGGCCCUGAGGGCGGUUCCUGAGGGCCAGCACCUCUGUAGCUUCGGUGCUUUCUUGGCAUGGCUGAAAGAUUUGUGAACCUGCCUGUCUGUGUGAUGUAUCUCAUGUAUUUGUGCAUGCAACAAGUGUGAUUUCCCCUGCACGCAACCAACCUGAACCUAGGGCCACGAAGUGGGGCCAUAAUAAACCCCUUCC